GAGCUUUUAACCUAUGUGCUCCAAAUUAAAGGUAUUCAAGGUUAAUUUCAGCCAUAAAAGAUGCAGUUAUAUUGUGCAAGAAAAGAAGAGGAUAAAGUUGAGUUUAACGGGGUUCAUCCUCCACUGCAUCCCUGUCACGCGCUAUUAACAGAAGUGGUUCAGCGGCUCUGUAGCACCAGAAAAUGGUUCAAUAGGCUCAGAACCCAUUAAGAGACAUUUAGAAAGAGUCUCUGAAGCUCUGUAUGCAGAUGAGCUUUGCAUUAAAUGGCCAAGCUGGUGUAGUAAAUUAAAAACUUCCCGAGAGCCACUGAACUUUGAUUUUAAAGAAUCUUUAUCAGAAAGUAUUUUUAAGUAAUCAGAGGGUUUCUGCAGUCAUCCCAUUCAGACCUGCUGGAGUCUGUGGGAUGAUUUCUCAGUAGUUUCCUCUUCGGCCACACAGCGGUAGCCUUCUGUCCGUAAUCGUGAACGCCUCGCGCUUUGCCGGACCUCUCUGGUCCUCGUGCGCGUCCCCGGCUCCGCUGCACUUCCAGAGACGCACAUUUCAAGCGAAUCCUGUGGUGACCCUGUGUUUCACUCCGCGUGAACCGGAGUACAAUAGAGAGAGAAAUAGACUACAGAGAGGAGGAGAGCGGGAGGAAGAGGGACGUCUUUAGGGCCCAAGUUAACUUUCCCCCCCGGAGGUCACGGCGACUGACCCUAGAAGAAUGCGUGAGUCAUAUGUUAAAAUAGACUCUGAGUCUUAACGCGGAUCCACUGGGAGACAAUACCGGGGGAAACAGGACAGUGUCCCAGCACGGCGGGAGAGUUGAGAAAUUAGUCUGUGACGUUCAUGAAUUUUAAAGUCAUUCACAAGUAAGAAGAGGGUGUUGGAGUUGAAGUCUCUUAUUUCUAAUGAUGUCUUCCAUGCGAGCAACGCCUCCCUUUCACCCCCCGUCUGAGGAGGAGGAACCGAUAGGUCAGGACAACGCGGCCUGGGCCAAAGACGAGCAAGAGGGCCCAAAGGAGACGGCGUCGCCCUCCUCGCAUGACCAACCCCACCCCGACGAUCUGCAGCCAAUCAGAGAGAAACCGACGGACAUUGAGUGGGAGAACGUCGGGCCUGCUGCGAUGGACAAUGAAAGCAGUAAAGGCUGCUCAGUCUACUCCUACCGGACUAACUCUACCUCUCCACACAAGCCAGAGGAGUGUUCCAGGGAUUGCGGGGAGCCCAUGAUCGGCCUCGCAUUCGGCACGCCGGAGCGCCGCAAAGGAAGCCUUGCGGACGUGGUGGACACAUUGAAACAGAAGAAGCUCGUGGAGCUGACCAAGACAGAGCAAGACGAACCAUCUUGCAUGGAGAGGCUCCUCUCCAGGGACUGGAAGGAGCGUGUUGACCGCCUGAACGCCAACGAACUGCUGGGGGAGGUCAAAGGUACGCCGGAGUCUCUGGAGGAGAAGGAGCGCCAACUUUCCACCAUGAUCGGUCAGCUGAUCAAUCUGAGAGAGCAGCUCCUCGCCGCCCAUGACGAGCAGAAAAAGAUGGCCGCCUCGCAGCUGGAGAAGCAGAGACAACAGAUGGAGCUGGCCAGGCAGCAGCAGGAGCAGAUCGCCAGACAACAGCAGCAGCUCCUGCAGCAGCAGCAAAAGAUAAACAUUCUCCAACAACAGAUCCAGGUCCAGGGUCACAUGCCUCCUCUGAUGAUCCCAGUGUUUCCUCACGACCAGCGGUCCUUGGCUGCUGCUGCUGCUGCACAGCAAGGCUUCCUCUUCCCACCGGGCAUGUCCUACAAGCCAGCAGGUGAGAAUUACCCCAUGCAGUUCAUUCCAUCUACAAUGGCAGCUGCAGCAGCAUCUGGACUCAGCCCAUUACAACUACAGCAGCUGUAUGCAGCCCAACUGGCAAGCAUGCAGAUCUCACCAGGAGCCAAGAUGGCUCCCCUCCCGCAGGCUCCCAACUCCUCCGGUCCCCUCUCCCCCUCCGCCCUGAAGAGCGAGAAGCGAGCAUCCAGUCCUGUUGCUCAGAUUAAGGAGGAAGGAUCCACACAGCCACUGAACCUCUCAGCCAGACCCAAGACAGCCGAGGCUCUUCGCUCCCCGACGUCCCCGACACAGAGCCUGUUCCCCGGAAACAAGACCAGCCCCACGGGCAUGGGCAAGGGCCGCAUCCCCAGCCCCAUCCCCAGCAUGGGCAGGAACACCUCUCUCGACAUCCUGUCCAGCCUCAACUCCACAGCGCUGUUCGGGGACCAGGACGCAGUGAUGAAGGCCAUCCAAGAGGCCAGGAGCAUGAGGGAGCAGAUCCAGAGAGAGCAGCUCCACCAACAGCAGCAGCAGCAGCAGUCGGGACACCAGAGCCUGGAGGCCAAACUGUCGGCCCUCAGCAGCAUGAGCCUCAACAACGGCAACAAGGAGCGGCUGCACUACGAGACGCUGAGCCAGCACCUGGGGAAGCUCGGGGAGGAUGCUGGGAAGAUGGUCCAUCGAGUCAUCGACCUGACGAGACCAGAGGAUCUGGAUGGGAGUAAUAUCACGGAGGCGCGAGUGUUCAGGGAGGCGCGGGGCAGGAACAGCAAUGAGCCGCACAUCAAGAGGCCCAUGAACGCCUUCAUGGUGUGGGCCAAAGACGAGAGGAGGAAGAUCCUGCAGACCUUCCCCGACAUGCACAACUCCAACAUCAGCAAGAUCCUUGGUUCUCGCUGGAAAGCCAUGACCAACCAGGAGAAGCAGCCGUACUACGAGGAGCAGGCGCGCUUGAGCAAGAUCCACUUGGAGAAAUACCCCAACUACAAGUACAAGCCGCGGCCCAAGAGGACCUGCAUCAUCGACGGCAAGAAGCUGCGCAUCGGAGAGUACAAGCAGAUGAUGAGGUCACGACGUCAGGAGAUGAGGCAGUUCUUUGUGGGGCCUCAGCCACCGAUUCCUCUCGGGAGCAGCCCGGGCGGGGUAGGAGUUUACCCAGGCGCCAUAACCAUGGCAACGACAGCCACACCAUCCCCACACCUGACCUCAGACUGCUCCAGCAACUCAGCCAGCCCCGAACCUGCCAUCCCCGUCAUCCAGAGCACGUACGGGGUCAAGUCCGAGCCCGGCGGCGGCGGCGGCAGCAACGGCGGCGGGAUGGGAGCCUUGGAUCUGCCCAGCGACCCCACCAACGGAGACGACGACAUGGACAUGUACGAGGACUUUGAGGACGAGCCCAAGUCAGACUAUAGCAGUGACCACGAGACACGGGAGGCCGUCAGUGCCAACUGAGUGUGCUCAGGGUUGUCAGUUGUAUAAAGAGAAAAAUUACAAACCCCUGUUAUACUCAGAAACACUUUUUAAAAACACAGUUUAUUACAGAGACCUUCAGGCAGACUUUCAGGACAUGCUGCGUCAUGAUGCACUGAGCAUGCCCAGACAGGAUUUAAACUCAGCGGACAUGCUCAGAAAGAUCUCGGACAGUAUACUGAUGGACGUCCAUUUGAGGAAGGAGGGCUGAUGGGGGGGAAAUGUGACCUGCGAACACAACCUGAACAGACAUUCAGCUGACAAUGAACUUCAGUUUCCUACACUUUGACAAUCUUAAAAACAGGUGCGAAUAAAAGUUAGAAGAGAGAGAAUGAGAGAGAGUGGGACAAAGAACAAAUGAGCGACAAACACAUUGCUGUGUGGUUUGUAAAGAGCAUGCAUGGAUUUUGAAGCAUCAGGAAUUGGUCUUCAACAGCUAUUUGGUCUUAAAUGUUUAAGGAGUGAGUUAGUUUUUAUCAUUAUGUAUUUACUUUUUGUGUUUUUGUUUUUUUUCUCCUUUUUGUUUUUUGUUCUAUAGACAUUUUUUCUGACAGGUCACUGCCUGUACAAACUCUGGACUGUCAGAACUUGAAAUUUGAAAAGUUUUAAUAUAAAGUCUAGCUCUUGUAAUCUUAUAGUCUUACUUUUGUUUCUUACGAAUACAGUGCAUCUACAUCUUUUUUUUUUCCCUGACAAACUGCUUACAUUACAUUACUGUUAGAUUUUUUUUUUUUUUUUUUUUUUAAUAUCCCAGCUCAGGUAUGAUGUGCCAGCUUGUGAAUGUGUUUUUGUUUUGUUUGUUUUCAUACAAAAAGAGUGGUAGGACUUUUCAGACUGUCAAUGAAAUAAAGGGAGCAAAAUCCCUUAUAUCACAUUAUUAUUAUUAUUAUUAUUAUUAUGACGUAAGUGAGUAAGUAAGUAAGUACCCAGACAUUGUACAGAUUUACUUUGACUUCAAAUGUGCCAAACCUACAUUCACAUUCACUCGGGAUGUUGUAGUCUUAACUUCCAAUGCUGCAAAAAAGUCUUAUACAAUCAGCUUUUUCUAUCUGAUGAGAUGAGUUCCUACUCGAUAACUGCUGGCUCCCCUCCUGGCCCAGUCACAGGCAGAGCUCAGGGAGGAUGUGUUUUCAUCGCACUCGCUCACACAUUUUGUGUCGCUCUGGCUUUCAGACGUAGUCAGAAGAGCAGCGGCGAAGGAAUCCGUUCUUCUGUUCCGCUGCAUCGGUGCUUUCAUAAACCACAUUGCCCAUAGUUCCUUGAGGCCAAACACUUGCAGUGCAGUACAGUGUACCAAACCCAGACAUUUUAGCAUUUGUCACUUUCAAUCAGGCUAAAAGUAAAGACAUAUUUUGGCUUAAUUUCUGUCUAGACGCUUAAGAUAAUUCACAAGUCUUAAAAGUGUACCUGUUCAUUUUGCAUCACAGGAGAGGACAAGGAGCAGCCCCAGGAAGACCCUACUGUAGGAUAAGAGUUUCUAAUAUUCUGGAUCCCUUCACUGUAUUUUGAAUCGGUACAAAAUGUUACUAUUUUUAUUAGCGUGUUGAUAUUUUUUAAUGUCUUCUCAGCAUCACGUGGGAAAGAUACACCAAACUUGUGUUUUAAAAAAAGAAUUUAUAUAGUUUACAAAAAAAAAAUGGGUUUAAUAAGUCUGUUAUUUCAAAAAGGGUACCUUUUUCUACAUUGCAUGUAUAUUUUGAGGACAAAUAAAUUAUGAAGAGAAGAAUGGAGGAAAAAAAAAAAAGAAGAGGUGCAUAGUUCUCACUCAGCUUUGCAGUCACAAACACCCCAGUCAGAGCACACAAGUUUUUUUCCACAGUCUCCAGCGAGAUGUUCCUCUUUCAACUUGGUGCGGCCCAGUGGUCAGCACCGUGCUGGGUGUGCACGCUCUUUUCCUCCAUUUUACUCAUGUGUCACAUUCUUUCUCUGAAGACACACCAUAUUUUUUUUUCGUUGUCUCUUUUCACCGCACUCUCUGCAAUCUGACCACGUUUCCAUUUUCAACACCUGUGACCUCAGGUGGUUUCUGGGUGCUCUGUUUAGCUUGGUUUCCCCACGUUCUCUGACUCCCUGUUUCUCUUCGUGACCAUAUCUGGCAAUUUUUACUUGGAAAAGCUUCACAAGCUGGGACUGAACAUUGGUUUUUGCUUGCAUUACAGGGGGAAAGCCUCAUGCAUAGACAUUUCUGUUAGUGUCAUACACAUCCUAAGCACUGGAUAUAAAUUCUAUGUUUUUGUUUUUUGUUUUUUUAGUAUUGACUAAUGUGAAGUUGUUGUUUGAUUUUCAACAUGAUAAAUUAGAACAGUCAAAAGUCACAUGUUUGGACUCUCGAAGAAGUCUCGUACAUGCCAGGCACCAGUAAAUUGCCAUUUCUUUAGAAGCAUUUCAAUUAUUUAAGCAGAUUUUGUUGCCGCAGCUCUAGUGCCGCCUAAAGGGGGUCACAUCACCUCUGAUCUCUUUAAAAAGGUAACCUCAUGCUCUUGUCAGUUGUGACCUGCAGAAGCAGAACACAAGUUUUCUGGUCACACACAUUUUUGUGAUGAGUAUUGUAUUUGAAAUUCAAUUGUGCGUUUUAACAUUUCAUUGUAUUUAUUAGCCAGCUUUGGCUCUAAAAAGUGUCAGUACAACUUGGUGAGAAAGACAAUCAAAAAAAAUAAAUAAAUAAAAAGUUAAGACUUGAGAUUUUCCUUA